CAUCAUUCGAGCAUCACGUAGUGGGAAUUUUGAGAAAUUUCGAAAUUUCAACAGAUUGUCUGGGGGUACGACGACACACUAGUACUUCGUACAAUAUCCCUUGUGGAGGCACAAGUAGCACACUUCUUCCAGCUUACUUUCCCUUCCUUGCAGUAACAGCUCUCCUCUGCCUGGUGCCCGGCUCACAACUCAGUUCAAUCCCGUUAUCCACAACCAUGGCCUCUCAGAAAAUCGCUAUAUUAUCUGUCUACGACAAAACGGGUCUGCUCGACCUUGCAAAAGGCCUCAUCAAGAACAAUGUCCGCCUUUUGGCUUCCGGCGGCACUGCAAAGUUGAUUCGAGAAGCAGGCUUCCCCGUCGAGGAUGUGUCCGCUAUUACAAAGGCACCUGAGAUGCUUUCAGGUCGAGUCAAGACUCUUCAUCCUGCCGUCCAUGCAGGUAUCUUGGCUCGAGAUCUUGCUUCCGACGAAAAGGACCUCGCAGACCAAAACAUCAACAAGGUCGAUUUCGUCGUCUGCAACCUCUAUCCCUUCAAGGACACCGUUGCUAAGAUCAACGUUACCAUUCCUGAAGCAGUCGAGGAGAUCGACAUCGGGGGUGUCACCCUCAUCAGAGCUGCCGCCAAGAACCACACUCGAGUAACGAUACUCAGCGAUCCGGCAGACUACCCCAACUUCCUACAAGAACUCGACGCAGGAGACAUCGCCACAGAAACUCGCCAGCAAUACGCUCUCAAGGCUUUCGAGCACACGGCCGAUUACGAUGCCGCCAUUUCCGACUUCUUCCGCAAGCAAUAUGCCUCUAACGGCGUUCAACAGUUGUCGCUUCGCUAUGGUGCCAAUCCCCAUCAGAAACCUGCAGCUGCAUUCGUACGCAACGGCAACUUGCCAUUCAAGGUAUUAGGAGGCUCGCCCGGCUACAUCAACCUUCUUGACUGCCUGAACGCCUGGCCCCUUGUGAAAGAACUCAAACAAGCCCUUGGCCUCCCUGCAGCAGCAAGUUUCAAACACGUGUCCCCGGCUGGAGCUGCUAUCGGCGUACCCCUCAAUGAGAAGGAACGCAGGGUCUACAUGGUAGACGACAUCGAGGGUAUUGAAUCUUCGGGGCUUGCCCAAGCAUACGCACGAGCCCGGGGCGCAGACCGAAUGUCCAGCUUUGGCGAUGUCAUAGCCCUUUCCGACAAGUGUGACGUCCCAACAGCAAAGAUCAUCUCUCGCGAGGUUUCUGACGGUGUGAUUGCACCUGACUAUGAACCUGCAGCACUCGAAAUCCUCAAGAAGAAGAAGGCGGGCAAAUACCUGGUCCUGCAGAUGGACGACAGCUACGAGCCUCCUGCACAGGAAGUUCGGACCGUUUAUGGCGUCCAGCUUACACAAGGACGUAACGAUGUCAAGAUUUCCCCCAACGAGACCUUUAAAUCAGUCAUCCGCCCCAAGAAUGGUCCCCAGUUAUCGGACUCGGCUCUCCGUGACCUCACAGUUGCCACCAUUGCCGUCAAGUACACACAGUCCAACUCGGUCUGCUAUGCGUUAAACGGUCAAGUCAUCGGGCUUGGUGCCGGCCAGCAAAGUCGGAUUCAUUGUACGCGGUUGGCUGGAGACAAGGCAGACAAUUGGUGGAUGCGCUUCCAUGAGCGCACUCUGUCAAUACAGUGGGCCAAAGGUGUAAAACGGCCCGAGAAGUCCAACGCCAUCGACAUGCUGUGUUCAGGUCAAGUUCCACCGCAGAGUGAAUUCGAAACGAAAGACUACGAGCGCAACUUUGCCGAAGGAGCCGUGCCCAAACCCUUCACUCCAGAGGAGCGAAGACAGUGGCUUGAUAAGCUGAGUGAAGUGGCCGUCUCCAGCGACGCCUUUUUCCCAUUCGUAGACAAUGUCUACAGAGCAGCGAGAUCUGGUGUCAAGUAUGUCGCAGCACCUCUCGGAAGCCAAAAUGAUCCUGCAGUACUAGAUACUGCAGAGAACCUGGGUAUUAGCUUUAUCGAGCAGUCGACGCGGUUAUUCCAUCACUGAGCAUGCAUGGACAAUGAGAUACUGCCUGGAUACGGCUGGUGGGCGUCCUGGGUAAGAUGACCUUUUCGUUAGAACAAACAUAGCCUCAGUAGCCGCUUUCAACAAGAUGAGCCCCUUAAGC